AUUUUAGUCAAUCGACAUUUAAACCCCAGAACAACCGCAACCCUUCUAUUCUUCUUCGAAUGAAAGUCCAGAUAAUUCAAAUGACGAUGAUAUAAACGCGAACCCUCUGCCAAUCUCAUCGUCAUUUCCUGAUUGUUUGAUCUUUUUCUUUUGCUCGAUCUGAAUCUGGUUAAAAUAACAGAAGAACAAUGGAAGAGCUGAAAUCAGCUGUGGAGGAGCACAUGGAAUCAAUGGCGGAUCUAGUUCAGAAGCUAUCCUCGGAGCUUCGUUCGGGCCUCCGACCCGCCUAUGAUAACUUUAUGGGCUUCUUCCAUGCAAUCGACUGGAAGGAGCCAUGGUUAAUGUGCUUACUGGCAUUCCAUGUUUUCUUAUUGAUAGUAAUAAUCUUCUCGAGGAAGAAUACUAACUUCCAGAUGUGUUUGUUCCUUCUGGCAUUGCUCGGUGUUUAUUUUGCGGAGUUACUGAAUGGAUUCCUUGGUGACAACUGGAAGAAAUUUGCAAACCAGAACUAUUUUGAUCCAAGUGGACUUUUUUUGUCAGUACUCUGGUCUGGUCCUCUUCUCAUUAUCGCAAUCAUCAUCUUGAUAAAUACUCUCUUUUCCAUGUGUUACCUAAUAGUUAGAUGGAAAAAGGCAGAGCUCAGGCACCGUGCGAGGCUUGCUCGCAACAAGCAGGAUUGAAAUUGCCAAGUUCCGCCUCUUUUAGCACGAUAAGCAAAUGCAAUACAUGUUAAUCUCAUUUAGAAAGUUUCUUGUUGUUUUCUAUUUCUGAUUUUAAAGGUGUUCUAUACUUCUUUUCAUAUAUAGAAUUGUUUCCUUGCAUCAA